GGGAGGGUGCUCAGGAUGCGCAGUGCCAGGGCUAGUCCCAGCCCCGCAUCCAGGGUUUGUCCCAAUCCUUCAUCCAGGGCUUCUCCCAGCCCUUCAUCCAGGGUUCGUCACCUCCCGUCCCAGCCCUUCAUCCAGGGCUUGUCACCUCCUGCGGUCCCUCUGGGCGUCCCGGGCCGGGAUGCGGCGGCCUUGGAGCCCCUCGGAAGCGUUUGGGAAGAUAUUGGUAUUAACCUCACAGAUCCUAUGUUCAGAGGAAUCUACAGAGGAACACAAAAACAUCAAGAUGACCUUCUGGACGUGCUAGAGAGAGCAGUCAAAGUUGGCAUUAAAAAGUUUCUGAUUACAGGUGGAAGUCUAGAAGAUAGUAAAGAUGCAUUGCAACUGGCACAGACAAAUGACAUGUUUUACAGUACAGUUGGCUGUCAUCCUACCCGCUGUGGAGAAUUUGAGCAGAGUAACCCCGAACAGUAUUUAUCUGAAUUAAAAAAUCUGAUUGAAAAGAAUAAGACAAAGGUAGUAGCAGUUGGAGAAUGUGGCUUAGAUUUCGAUAGGUUAGAAUUUUGCCCAAAGGACAUCCAACUCAAGUAUUUUGAGAAACAGUUUGACUUGUCAGAACAGAUGCAACUGCCCAUGUUUCUCCACUGCAGAAACUCACAUUCUGAAUUUUUAGAGAUAAUGAGAAGAAACCGAGAUAGAUUUGUAGGAGGGGUGGUACAUUCUUUUGAUGGCACAAAGGAACAAGCAGCAGCUCUAAUAGAUUUGGAUCUUUAUAUUGGAAUAAAUGGCUGUUCACUGAAAACAGAAGCCAACUUGGAAACACUGAAAUCGAUUCCUAGUGAACGAUUAAUGAUAGAGACUGAUGCGCCUUGGUGUGGAGUGAAAAAUACUCACGCUGGAUCAAAAUACAUUAAGACUACAUUUCCAACAAAAAAGAAAUGGGAAAAAGGGCACUGCUUGAAGGACAGAAAUGAACCCUGCCACAUAAUACAAAUACUGGAAAUAAUGGCGGCAGUAAGAGAAGAUGACCCGCUUGAGUUGGCCAACACUCUAUAUAACAACACUAUUAAAGUCUUCUUUCCAAAUAUAUAAAGUUGUUUUUCUUACAUUUAUUCAGCAUAACUUCAGUAAAUAUAUUGCAAAAACUUAAAAAUCAUCAUACCUGCAAAUCCUAAUCAAUGGAAGCCAAUAUGUAGUGGGUUUUGGUUUUUUUUAUGGUACAAGAUUAAAGCUGCUUUUGAAAAGGUG